CAACACAGAGUCUCCAAAAGGAAAAGUGGAGCUUUAUACAGCGACGAGAGUGUGAGUGGUAAAGUGCGUUUUCCUUGCACUUCCAAUCUGUCACUCAAAAUAAAAUUCCCAAAGAGAACAAAAGAAGCGAAUCAGCAGAAGAGAGAGUAGCGUUUCCAAGAAGCGGAACUCAAACAGAGGGUUUUUGAUUUCUGAAGAAUCGUGUUCGGAGUCGGAGAUGGAGGCAUCCACUCCGUCUUCUGCGAAGCCCUUGUCCAUUACGCCGGGUUCUAGGGUUUUGAGAAGCCCUCUCUCCGACGAACAGAUCUGGAAGCGCCUCAGAGACGCUGGCUUCGACGAGGAAUCGAUUAGGCACAAAGACAAGGCUGCGCUUAUUGCUUACAUCGCUAAGCUCGAAGCUGAGAUAUAUGAUCACCAGCACCACAUGGGUCUUCUCAUAUUGGAGAAAAAGGAAUUGGCUUCCAAGUAUGAUCAAGUAAAGGCCUUGGCUGAAUCAUCUGAGUUAAUACAUAAACGUGAUUCAGCCAUGAAUAAAUCUGCAUUAACUGAAUCAAGGAAACGUGAAGAAAAUUUGAAGAAGGCAGUAAGCGUCAAAGACACAUGCAUAGCAAGUCUUGAAAAGGCCUUGCAUGAGCUGCGUACAGAAAGUGCUGAAACAAAGGUUGCAGCUGAGAGUAAAUUUGCUGAGGCACGCCAAUUGAUAGAUGAAGCACAGAAAAAAAUUACAGAGGCUGAAGCGAAGGUGCGUGCUGCAGAAUCAUUGCACGCAGAUGCUAACCGUUAUCACAAUCUUGCGGAAAGGAAGCUACGUGAUGUUGAAGCACGUGAAGAUAACCUUAGGCGGCAAAUCAUAUCCUUCAAGUCAGAUUGUGAUGAAAAAGAUAAGGAGAUGAUUCUUGAGAGGCAAUCCCUUUCCGAAAGGCAAAAGGGUUUGCAACAAGAGCAGGAAAGAUUACUUCAAUCACAAGCCUUGCUCAACCAGAGAGAGGAUCAGUUUUUGAGUAGAUCUCAGGAAUUAAAUCGUCUUCAAAAAGAGCUGGAGGACACAAAACUGAAAAUUGAAAAGGAACACGUAGUCCUACACAAUGAGAAAACUGCCCUAAAAUUGAAGGAGGCCACCUUAAUACAACAAGAAGAGGAACUUGCUAAAUGGAAAACUGAGCUAAACCAGAAAGAACAAGAGUUACUUGAAUUUCAAGUGAAACUUUCUAAUAAAGAAUCUGAUGAUACUCAGAAAGUUAUUGCUGGUCAGGAAGCCGAUAUGAGAACCAAAAGAUAUAACUUGGAAGUUGAGCUACAAAUGCAGCGGAAAUUGGUUGAAAAUGAAAUUGAGACAAAGAGACGGGCUUGGGAGUUGAAGGAGGUUGAUCUUAAACAUUAUGAGGAUCAAAUCCUGGAAAGGCAGCAUGAGUUGGAAGUUCUGUCGAGGUCACUGAGUGAGAAGGAGAAGGAUGUGAAGGAUCUGUUGAGUGCUAUUGAAGAAAAAGAUCAAAGGCUGAGUGCUGCUGAGAAGGAGUUUGAGUUAAAUAAAGCGCUUUUGCAAAAGGAGAAAGACGAUAUUGAACAAGCAAAGCAAGAUCUGCAGAAGUCUUUGGCAUCAUUGGAAAAUAAAACAAGACAAGUUGAUAUUGAAAAGGAGAGACUGGAGGCUGUGAAAAGUGAAGCAGGUGACUUGUCAAUUUUGGAAGUGAAACUAAAGGAAGAGAUUGACCUUGUAAGAUCUCAGAAUUUGGAGCUUUUGGCUGAGGCAGAUAAGCUAAAAGCUGAGAAGGCUAAGUUUGAAGCUGAGUGGGAGCUUCUUGAUGAAAAAAAAGAAGAGUUGCGGAAAGAAGCAGAUUUCAUAGCAAAGGAAAGGCAGGCAGUUUCCACUUUUAUUAAGAAUGAGCGUGACCAACUAAGAGAAGAGAAAGAGAAUUUGCGCAAUCAGUACACUCAAGACUUAGGGUUUCUUGCCAGUGAACGUGAAAAGUUCAUGAACAAGAUGGCACUUGAACAUGCUGAAUGGUUUGGCAAGAUGCAGCAAGAGCGAGCAGAUUUCCUGCGGGACAUUGAGAUGCAAAAGCAGGAGCUGAAUAACCUCAUUGAGAAGAGACGUGAAGAAGUGGAAAGUUAUUUGAAGGAAAGAGAAAAGGCUUUUGAGGAAGAAAAGAACACUGAACUUCAGUACAUUAAUGCUCUUAAGGAGAAAGCAGCAAAAGAGCUGGAACAGGUUUCCUUGGAGAUGAAAAGGCUUCAAACUGAGCGGGCUGAGAUAAAUUUGGAUCGUGAGCGGAGAAAUAGGGAAUGGGCUGAACUUACUAACUGUAUUGAGGAACUCGAGGUUCAAAGGGAUAAGCUCCAAAAACAGAGAGAACUGUUGCAUGCUGAUAGAAUUGAAAUUUAUAGUCAGACUGAAGAAUUGAAAAAAUUAGAAGAUUUGAAAGCUGUCUCUGAUGAUAAUGCUAUCACUGAAAUGCUUAAAUCUGAUAUGGAGUCUAACCAAAAGAAAAUCUCUGCAAGGAAGAGCUUGAAGCAUCAGACUCUUACACAAGGUGGUGAUAAAAUUGUCAAUGGGUUUGAUACUCCAUUUGUGCAGAAGUCAUCUGGUGUUUCAUCUGUUGUUUCUCCUCCUAGCCCUGUUCGAUUCUCAUGGAUAAAACGAUGCACGGAGCUAAUUUUCAGAAAUUCUCUCGAGAAGCCACUUGCGAGACAAGAGGAUUCCCCUAUGGUUUCUGAUACAGAUAAUGUUAGCAACGGGCAAAAGUACUUGGAAAAUGACAGGCCACUUGGUAAUAUUGGCGAGGGACAGCAAACAGCAUUUGCUUCUGAAGAACCAAAAGUAAUAGUUGAAGUACCUUCUCGAGAUGAUGAUGCUAGAAGUGAGUUUGAAUCUGUGGCUAAAGAUGUAAAUGGAAAAAGUGCUCUCUUAUUUCCAGAUGGACAUCAUGUCAGCAGACGGAAAAGAGGGAGGGGGAACAUGACUAAUAAAGUUGGUGAUCCUCUUGUAGAUCUGGGGCGAAAAAAGAAAUCGAGAGCAGAACAGACAACUGAAAAUCCUAUAGACCAGGACACUACCUUCUGUGUGGUUUCAACCCAAUCAGAUAUAUCAAAGGUCCAGCAGGUGUUAACCUCUUCAAAUCAAACACAAGGGAACACUGAAGAAACUCGUGUAGUAAUGAUUGAUAAGGUUAUUCAUGUAUCAGAAGUGACUUCUGAGAAAGUUGAUUGUCUCCCUGUCCCCAGUCAAGAACCAAGAGAUAAUUUGCAAGGAGAAACAACUGAUCGGUCAAAUUCUAUAACUAGACAGGAAGACAUUUUACCUUGUGCUUCUAGUUAGUGUUAGGUGUUGUUUGAAUGUGGACAGGGACUGCAGAUGGAUUUCAGUAUUGGUACUGAUAAUUGGUGUGGUUAAGACAAGUAUAUAUUAGGAGUGUAUGAGGAUGCCAUAGGAAUGGACUUCUCAUUUGUUAGUAAUUUGGAGCUGGGUAUGUAUGUAGAGCUAACUUCGAGAUGUUUGCUGUGUGUACACACUUAAUGGAUGCAGUUGCAAAUUGCAAUUAGGGUGGGGUAGACUGUUGAUAUCAUAGUUCAUAAAAUAGGCCAAAAAGGAGAAAAAAAAAGAGAGAAGUUAGAUGCAACCAAGGGUAGGUUACUCUUCCAAAGCGUGUUGGUUUUCUGAUUCACUGAGUUAUUCUGGCAUGGUUUUGUUUGUCGUAUUUGGGUUUUUGGCACAACGCUGAAUGUCAUUGUAGCCAUCAAUAGUGAUUUUACUUGUCUACAAACACGUUGGUCAGAAUCUCAUGUAUCUGAAGCGUGUGUUUAGCUGGUUCUUUAUUAUGCACCAGCGAUAGUAUUAUGUUUGCAUUCUGUUUUUGCUUAAA